AUGACUAUUCAACGACCUUUACUCUCUUUAUCUCACUUGUUAAUUAUAUGUUUAACAUUUGUUUUAGUUGAUCUAGCAAAUAGUCAAAAGAUAUGGAAUGCAGGAGUUACUAGUACUGCAUGGAAUGGUUCAAGCAAUUGGUUACCAACAGGUGUCCCAACAAUGACAGACAAUGUUGUUGUUAGUGGUACAAAUGUGAUUGUAAGAGAAUUGUCAACUGCUGACCUUGAAAUUUCGUUCUCAUCGCUCCAGGUGGGAAACCAAGUCACACCAAACAAUGCAACAGUCGUUCUUUCAACGCUCCCUGAAAAUUCAAUCAUUAACUUUCGAUCAAAGGCAGUUCUCAUAGUUAGCUGGCCCAGCAUAUUGUCUCCCUGGUCUUAUGGAGACACUAUGACCAUCGAUCAAGGAGGUCAGAUGGAUGUCUUCCAUGCAAGACUAGAUUUUAUCAAUUUCAAUUGCUACGGUAUCAUAAAUGUUGUUGGAAUGUUAGAUGUAUUGAAGAGAGCUUAUUUUGGACCAGGGGCCAAAGCAAUAAUUAGAAAAGACGCUGGCCUUUUCACCUCAUAUCUCAAUUUCAAUGCUGCCAAUAUGGAAGUUUAUCUUGGUAAGGUUUAUUUUACCAAAUCUGCAGGUGAUUUAAUUUCACAGUUUGAAAACGGAGCUCUUCUUUUUUCAAUGUUUUCGUCUGAGUUUAUUGAAUCUUCUUUGUACUUUUCUAGAUCCUCUUUUGACACGAAUUAUUCAAAUUUAACCAGUGACGGUCUUUUGCUUAUGGAGAAUAGUACUCUUUCGGGACACCAAAACUCUUUUGUCGUUUCUGGAGUCAACUCUGGCUUGGCGUUGUUUGGUGGCAAAAUUUCAUUGUCCUCUAGUAACAUUGUCCACAACUCUUCCCAGUAUUUAGUUUCAAAUUGUUCCAAUUGUGCCUAUACAAAUUCAAAUACCACCUUUAUUAACUCAAAGGUCUUCUAUUCAGAUCAAAAUGAUAUAUCUUAUUUAUCAUCUAGUAAUUUAACAAUUACUUCUGGUGACGUGGCUAUAAGUGGAAAUACGACCCUUCACUUUAAUGAAUCAAGUUUAUCUGUAAAAGAUACUACUUCUUUUUCCCUACAAGAAACUUCAUCAUUGAAUGCUUUCUAUUCAGAUUUUAAUAUCUAUACGUAUUUUCUCUUGAUGGAUACAUCAAGACUCUACACUUUUAAUUCAACAUUUUAUGUUUAUAGCCAUAUACUUGUGGACAAUUCAACAAGAAUGUGGAUUGAAAGUUCUACAGUUUUUGUAGAUGGUUCUAUUUUGUCCAAAGAGCAGACUGAAAUUGGGUUUAUCAAUUCACAAGUUUCUAUCAAUGGAAAUAUUAUGAUUGUAGGAUCAAUGAACUUUACCCAAGGAUUGAUGGAUAUUAAGGGUGUACUGCAAAUUGUCUGUCCUGAUGGUGUUAGUGUUGGUACAAUUGAUAGUAUCAUUAUCAAUGUUGGAGGCUAUGCAUCAAUCAACUGUCUCACCUCUUAUACCAAUGUCACUAUUUUUGUUGGCGGUGAAAUGGAAUUAACUGGUGGUGCUUUAAUAUCCGACUCUAAUAUUAUUUCUUCAAAUAGAACAAAGGUUGGAUCAAUCUUUGGUGUCCGUUCAAAUAUUACAGUUCUCGCUGGUGAUUUAGUUGUAUUGCCAAACAGCUUAAUCUAUCUUGAAAACAGCACAAACUCUGGUAAAUUCUUGUCUGAUCCUAGUACAAAAAUUUUCCUCACCAACUCUAGAAUUAUCAACAAUGGUCUCAUGCUCAUCGAUUCGGAGUUGAGCUUUGACCAAUCGAAUUUGAUCAACAUGGCAGACCUUGUAAUCACAUCCAACAUUGUCAAAAACGGUACAGUAAAUGUCACUCAAACCUUUGAUAAUCAAGGAAUGAUGAAUGUCACAAAUAAUAUUGCCAUUCAAAUUGAUUUUGCCAAUUCUGGUAAUCUCUCUAUUGGAAAUUCAUCCAACACCAACAAUCUCCAAGUUGAUGGUAACUUUAAUACAUCAUCUGUAACUGCCAAUGUUGGUUUGGUUGUCAAGAGUGCAACAGACUUUUCAUCUUUAAAUGUCUCUCAAACAGCAACCCUUGCUGGAGAGUUGACAAUCAGAGUUGUGAAAAACUUGACAAGAGAAAAUGUCACCAUUCCAGUCAUGACAUAUGACAAUGUUCAAGGUUCACAUUCAAAGAUUAAUAUCAUCACAUAUGAUCCAGAAACUGGUGAAGAAGACUCUUCACCAGCCUGUUCAAUCUCAUCGAACCAAGGUGAAAAGGGUAUAAAUGUUUUGAUAUCCAAUUGCAAAGAAGAAUCAUUGGUUUCAAAACUUGGUGCUGGUGCUAUUGCUGGUAUCGUCAUUGGUUGUGCUGCCGCUGUUGUCUUGAGCUUUACACUCUAUCACUUUAGAGAAAGAAUCAGACUCAAUAUCAAAUUGUUAAAAACUGACAAAGAAAGUUUCAAAAUGAAUAAUAUCAAUCAAUAA